AUUUUCUUUUCACUUACAUGUUACCGAUAAGAGCUUAACUUUAAAUUUUUAUCGUUAUCAGUUCAGUUGUAUGGUAUCAAAAUUUCCCGGAAGUUUCCAAAGUCCAACUCACGCGACUUGAACAUCACAAAUCAAUACCAAUAAGGCAAAGUCAAGAUGCCUCGAGCCAAACGAGCAAAGCAAUACCGGAAGCUCAUGGGGCAAUUCUCCAUGACCUUCGGGUUUCGCGAACCAUAUCAAGUCCUAAUAGAUGCCGAUUUCAUCGCGGAGGCGAACAAAUGCAAGAUGGAUCUAAUACCCCGGUUAGAGGGCAUUCUCCAUGGCCAAGUCAAGCCUUUGAUUACUCAAUGCUCUAUGCGACAUCUCUACAAUCGGAAAUCAGAACCCGGAGUCGAAGCAGCUAUAGAACAAGCAAAGGCUCACUUUGAGCGCCGAAGAUGUGGUCAUCAUCCCGACGAAUACCCAGAACCUCUAAGUGCGCUCGAGUGUGUAUGCUCAGUAGUUGAUCCUAAAGACAAUGGCGUAAACAAACACCGGUACAUCUGCGCAAUCAACGACGAAGAACUUCGAGCGAAUCUACGACAAAUAACAGGAACCCCUUUGCUAUUUAUUAGGAGGUCAGUUAUGAUCAUGGAGCCGAUGGCAACAGUCAGUGCGAAAGCCAGGUCAAAGGACGAGCGAAGCAAGUUUAGGGCAGAACUUAAGACGCCUGCGAGCAAGAGAAAGAGAGAAGACGAGGAUGAUGAUGACGAGAAAGAGGGGUCGGCUCCAAGUGGAGCAGCGACAGGGGCUGAGAAGCCGGAAAAGAAGAAGAAAAGAAGUCACGGCCAAAAGGAGCCUAAUCCGCUUGCCGUCAAGAAGAAGAAGUCAAAGUCAAGCUCAGAUGAGCAGGGUCCGAAGACGUCAAAGGCACAGAAUGCAACUGUGAUGGGAGAAUCGGAACCGGCAGAAGGGCCAAAGCGAAAACGUAGACGAAAGCACAAAUCCCAAGCUACUGCUACGAGUGAUGAGGCUUUUGGAGCUGCGGGUGUGGCUGGUAAUGCUACCGUUGAAGUAUCUACAGUGGGUGGUGAUGAUUAAGGGCGAGUGGAGAGUGUUGCCCAGACAGGGUCUAGCAUUGGCAGGCGUUUUCAAAGGUGUAAAUCAUGGGCAUUUUACGAUCUGUGUACACUAGUGAAAGAUCAAUUGAUACCACGAUGUGUUGUCUUCCGUCUCCAAGUAAGAUUUUGGGCAUAGGUUUCGUUUCGAGUACCGAUUGGAUCAAGCCUAGAACUUGCAGGACACCAACAAUCCAUGGAUCCGAG